UUCCAAAGGACUAAUCGUUCUUUCCUUAACCAUUCGGUCCUAAGGCAUCGACGUAUUGAUCCAUCUAAAAUUUUAAUGUUUUGUAGAAAUAAGUAAUUGUUACUUAUUUAUUCAUUAAUAAAAAGACUUCUUUAAGUCUCCUUUCAACUCUGUCAUAUUAAUCAGAAUAAUUCACUAUGAGCUCGGGAGGAACUCGUGUGUAUGUGGGUGGUCUAGUGGAAGGAAUCAAGAAGGAGGAUUUGGAGCGGGAAUUCGAUAAAUAUGGAAAAUUGAACUCGGUCUGGGUCGCACUUAACCCCCCAGGUUUUGCUUUCAUAGAAUUUGAAAACAUGCAGGAGGCAGAAGAUGCGUGUAGCGCGAUGAAUGGUUUUGAAAUGUUAGGCGCGACUUUAAAAGUAGAAUUAUCAAGAAAACGUGAUGGGCCACGCCGAGGUUUCCGCGGUGGUGGCGGCGGCGGCGGCGGUGGCGGCCGUGGUAACUUCGGCGGACGGGGUGGGCGCUCUUUCGGUGGGAACGGAGGUGGCAGCAGACCCUAUAAUAACAGCUAUGGAGGUGGCGGCGGCGGUGGCGGUGGUGGCCGCUCUUUCAACCGCAAUGGAUAUGGCUCAGGCAACAGGGACAAUGGAAGAUCUAGGUCGCCACUGGGCCGAUUUUAAUUUAAUCAUAGUUUUAGUUAGGUUUAAUGUUAAUCGUAAUCUGAAGCCUUCCGCAUGUUAAAACAUCAAUAUUCAUUUAAAACUGGGGGUUUAAUGCUAGGAAGAGUUGUGUCGAUGUCUUAGGACUUAGAGGUAAUUAAUUUCAUAUACUACUUAGAUUUAAGUGUAAUGUUAGUUUAAUGCACCUAAUUCAUAGAGCAUACAUUUUGCUAUAAUUAAUAUUAAGGUUUGACAGCUCCUGGAUAUAUUCUGUAAAGUUUAUCAAGCAAUGCUAAAAGUAGUUUAACACAACGAAGUAUAUACUGUUUUAUUAUGAAUCAUUUUAUUGUUGCAUUGGAUGAUAUAAAUACAUUACACAUACAUUAUAAUCAAAACUUUUGAAUAUACAAAGCUAAAAUAAUCUUAUGAAACAUGAUGCAUCAAAAAAUUAAGUGUUUAAAGUUAAGGAUAUUUCAAUUUAUGUAUUCUCUAUUAUAUUAAUAUUCUUCAUGUUAGAUACGUAAUGAUUACCUUACUUUUUGAGUUGUAUUUAGUACUUAGUUCUUAAUUAAAUCAUUCAAAUGCAUGGUAAUGUGUUUCACUGCUUGAAUGUAAACUAUUGUCGAAUUCAUGUUAUACAAUUAAAUAGCAUCUUUAUUAAUUUGAAGCUAAAUCUAAUUCUAGAGAACAGCUAGUUACUUUAAUAGGAGUUUCUUUGCUUUCAGAUUAAUUUAUCUUUAAUUACUUAUAGUCAUCGUAACAAAAUAAGGAAGAACAACCUUCAGUGUAUUUUUAACAUUGUACCGGAGCACUACAGACUAAGUUUCUUUUAUGUAUAAUAAUAAAACAAGAUUCCAA